AUGCUCAGGCGCGCCCCGACAGUCAUCUCCAUAACAGCAGAAGACGUAGCCGCAUAUGAGGACCGGCAGGAACACCUGCGCCAGACGCGGCGGCAGGGAUCCCGCGCCGCACCGGUGCUCAAGACGGCAACGGCAACAGCAAUAACCACCACAACCCCCCAACAGCGCCAGCAAUAUAUCCAGCAGCAGCAGCAACACCAUCACCACCAACAACAACAACAACACCACCCAUACACCUCAGAUGACCACCUAAACCAAUAUGCCUCGGAAGACGAGGACAUGGACGACAUUGUCGGCAACGAAGAUGAAGAAGAAGAUGAUGACGACCCAGCCCCGCCACCACCGCCGCAUGCCCGCCAGCCACGACAGCCGAGGAUGCUAUCGCAGGAGCAGCGGGGAGGUGCGCACAGGGGAGGAGGAGGAGGAGGAGGAGGAGCAGCAGCAGCAGCAGCAGCAGCAGCAGCAGCAGGGGCCGCUGCGGCGACGACGCCCACGCCAUCGCAUCAGGCUGGCGGCGGUAGGGGGAGCAGUGCGCCGCAGCCGCCCGCCGCUCCCGGUGGGAGGGUGACGAGGAGCCGGGAGGAGAGGAUCGGUGUAGGGGCGUCGCGGAGACGACAAUGA